ACCCCUCCACCCUACUUCACAGUCCACCAGCAAGCACACUCACACAACACAGUGUGAUACUGCACCUGCACAAACACACACUUCUCCGGCUACUUUUUUUUAACAGACCAUUUUCUUGAUUCACAAAGACAAGAAUAUAGUAAGAGCUAAAUGGGAGCUCCAUCCAUGAUGGGCUUUUUCUUCAGUCUUGUUUUUGUGAUUCUACAUUUCCAAAUUGCUCAACAGGCAACAGUUGUAGUUGAUGGUGUCUCAGAAUGGAGAAAUCCUACUGUUCAAAUUGGAGACUCUGUCAUUUUUCAGCACAAGUAUCACUACAACCUCUACAUUUUCCAGAAUCAUGAAGCCUUCAGUCUCUGCAACUUCAAGCAAGCCACUCUUCUCACCAAAUCCAAUUCCACUUCUUACACAUGGCACCCUUCAAGAAAAGGUUUCUUCUACUUCUCAUUCAACAAUGGCUCUAACAAAGCAUGUCAAGAAGGCCAAAAAUUUGCUGUUCAGGUCACUUUGUCAGCCCCGCCUGUAAAUCAGGCCUCAUCACCACCUGAUCUGUCCCCAAUGGCGGCGCCACCCCGAAGUUCUGGUGGCGUCGUGGCGUCUUCUCCAGCAUUUCCUUGGCCUUUUAGGCCUAGAGAUGUCACUUCACCUAGUCCUGCACCAAGUGAAAUGUUUCCUGCCACCAGCCCCAUGGUGCCUGAUAAAAGUGGAAUUCCGUUUAUCAAUAGCAAUCCUGCUGUACCUCUACCGACUGGCGAAGUCGAUACUGCUACAAUUCGGCCUUUCCCCGUUUCUGGAAGCUACGAAAGAAAGGUGGUUAGGGUACUAGCAGUUCCAAGAGCUUUGUGCUGUAUCAUUUUACUGAUGCUGCUAUGAAAUUAAGAAAGGCACUGAGUGAGAGAAUGAUGGUGAGAAUGUAAAUUCAAAAGGGAAAAAAUGAGUUGGGCUUAAAUGCAGUGGGAACUGUAGCUUUAAAUUUAAAGUAGCUUUAAGGGCGAUAAUCAUACCAUGUAAUAUUGCUAUCUUUUGACCCUACUUUAGAAUCAUUAGCACUUUGUUCUUUAAUCUUUAGCUUUGGCCACCAAUCCAUUGCUUCAUUGUCA